GGGGGAAAUUCUAUUAGCUGGAACUGCGACUAAAGAUCCAGCCUGUGACAAUUCCUGGAAAGAGUAUGAAUGUUUCAGAGAACUGGCUAUUCAAUCAUUCCUCAUUAGCAUCUCAAGUUCAUGCUGCUGCUGUUAAUGGAGAUAAGAGCACCCUCCAAAAGCUAAUAGCAGGAAACCUUGAUCUGAAAAAUAAAGAGGACCAGUUUGGGAGAACUCCACUCAUGUACUGUGUACUGGCUGACAGAGUGGAUUGUGCUGAGGCCUUGCUGAAGGCAGGAGCAGAUGUUAAUAAAUCUGAUCGUAGCCAGAGAACUGCUCUUCAUCUUGCUGCACAAAAGGGAAAUUAUCGCUUCAUGAAACUUUUACUGGCUCGUAGAGCAAACUGGAUGAAGAAGGAUUUAGAAGGAAUGACUCCUUUGCAUUUAACUACCCAGCACAAGAGUCCAAAAUGCUUAGCUUUGUUGCUAAAAUACAUGGCACCAGGAGAAGUGGAUACACAGGACAAAAAUAAGCAAACUGCUCUGCACUGGAGUGCCUACUACAAUAAUCCAGAGCAUGUGAAACUUCUCAUAAGACAUGAUUCUAAUAUUGGAAUCCCUGAUAUUGAAGGCAAAAUCCCACUUCAUUGGGCAGCUAAUCACAAGGAUGCCAGUGCAAUUCACACAGUCAGAUGUAUUCUGGAUGCUGCUCCUACAGAGUCUCUACUGAACUGGCAGGACUAUGAAGGACGAACUCCCCUUCAUUUUGCUGUGGCUGAUGGGAAUGUGGCAGUGGUUGAUGUCUUGACGUCUUACGAAGGCUGCAAUGUAACAUCUUAUGACAAUCUAUUUCGAACACCUCUUCACUGGGCAGCUUUACUGGGCCAUGCACAAAUUGUCCAUCUCCUAUUAGAAAGAAACAAGUUUGGAACCAUCCCAUCUGAUAGCCAAGGAGCAACACCCCUACAUUAUGCAGCACAGAGUAACUUUGCUGUAAGUAGGUUAUGUCCUAAAUGUAAAUAUCUUGAACUAUAAACAUACAUAAAUUACUGUGGUUGAAAUUGUAUUCACAAAAACAAAGCUCUAGUUGUUUGUAAAGUAAUAUGAAUCCAGUAGUGACUGCACAAGUUUGUUCACAAUUAUGUUGUAUAUUAUGUAUUGAUUUUGAAUUUUUUUUCAAGCCUAG